ACAGGAAGUUAUGUCACCUGCCUUCGGUGUUCAUUGUCAAAUGGGGACUUGGGGGAGGGUGGAUCUUUUUCUUUAAAAAAAUGCUUAUUAUCUAUAUUUUACAUUGUUUUGGACAACAUGUUACUUGAACAACUUCAGAGAGAAAGGCCAUGCCUCUGAGGGAAAGCUGCUAACAAAUGCUGGUGGGUUUCUAGCAGAGGUGUUGGCAAGAGAGAAGUACUGGCCAUGUUUUACAGAAGCCAGAACUGCCUUUCUCUUGCCCCUGUUACAACAUCUCCAUUGUAGUUCCCUUGUGGGGAAGUCAUUUCAGCCUUCCCCAGGGACACCUUUCUUGUUCUUUAUACACCACGGAGUGUGUCUGGAGCCUGGAAAGGACACAGAGGCCGUGUACAUCAUCAGAGGGACAGGAAUGCAGAAGUUAAGUGAAGGAGGGGCUCGGUCUGCCACUUCCUUGGACAGAAGGAGCCAAGCCAGCCCGGAAGACCAUGAACUCAUCUUCUGAGCAUUGCAACAUAUCUGACUGGCUGAGGCUAGAGGCAACCGUGAAGGCCUCUGUGUACGUGGUGGCUUUCUCAGUCGCCACAUCGAUCACCGUUGUCAUUAUCGCAACGGUGUCACAGAGUCUGCAGCUGAGGGAAGAGGUGCGGCUGGUCCUCCUCUGCCAUCACUCGCUUUGUGUCUCCUCCUACUGUGGCCUGGGGGUUGUCUUCCAAGGAAUGCGGGCCUUCCUAGCCAACAGCCCCCUCCUGCUGUGCUGGCUGGUAUUUGGGGCACAGCUAAGUGUGGGAGAAGGGAUCCUCCUCACUCUGACCCUGAUGGCUCUGAAUACUUACCUCGGUAUUUGUUAUCCGCUGAGGUCUCCAUCCUUGGUGGAUUCUGCUAAGUACAGGAUUCUAGCUGGGACGUGGACCACGGUUAUACUCAAGAAUGCUGGUUUAUUCCUCAUAGAGGGUACAAGCCCUCCGCCAGCUUCUGUUUUCCAGUCUGCCCCGCUCUGUCCCGUGAUUUUGAAUGGGACGCCUGCCAGAGUCAUCGGCAUGUUUUCCCUCGCCUUUCCUUUAUCCGUCAUUCUUGUGAGUUACUGCCUGAUAUACCGAGAAGGGAAGCGGGCUGGCCAUUUUAACAGGUCAAACGUCAAGGCCCGGAGAACUGUCCUUGUUCAUCUACUGCAGAUAAGCUUACACGUGAUACCCACCCUGAUCUUUGUAGGUUUGGGAAAACGGUGCGGGGUGUUUUUCUUUGCUUUAAAUCUGGUGCUUUUUGGUAUCUUCGCUUUUGCGCAAUGUUUCAACCCUCUGGUCUACGGGCUCCACAACAGAGACCUGCGGAGCAGACUGUACCCUUGGCUAUGCUGCCAGAAGAAGCUGCUGGCUUAA